UUGCAACUUCAGGUUUUUGUGACUUUUGUCCCUUUUCCGUGUACUCCGAAUUAGGUAAGGGUGAAAAUACGAACGAGGAAAUAUGAAUCUCUUUCAAGGGUUUAGGCGGGGCUUUCAGCUUCGGUCGAGCAAGUCCCAGAAACGGCUUCCUUGUCCUCCAAUGACAGCUCUAGCCCCUGCAAAAAUCUAAAGCUCAACUUCAUUAUCGGAAAAGAUCCCAACUUUCUUAUCCUUUACACUGAUGUUGAAGGUUCUCACAUCAAUUUCUCGUUACAACUCAGCGUCGUCGGCUUUUAGCCACCAUGCCCGACCGUACAGAGAGUCAAACUCUCCAUUGGACCGAGUUCUGAUUUCAAUCAGAAGCUCCAGACAGAAGGGGACCUACUUCUGCACACGAUUUUUCUGUUCGGACAACACCAAUGGGCCGGACCCGCCUGCCGAGGCCGGGGCAGAAGCUAAGCAGGGAGAGGUUGAAGUUGAAGGGGCUGCUGAGGCUACGAAUUCAGCUGCCAUGGUUCCCACAGUGUUUGGGCCUGAAGACUGUCUAUUGCAUAUAGGAGAUUUUAAUUAUGCGCGGUUAGAAGAUUUUGGAGCAGCAACAUCUGGUGCUAACAAACUGCAUUGUCAACAAGUUCUGGAAGAGAUUGAUGAACUGGGACUGGAGACUGAUGACAAGACAGCUCUUUCCGGUUUGUAGUCUUCUAGUCCUGCGACAUUUGCAUAAUUGAGAAUCGUAGGGAACAUGGUUUUGGCAUAAAACCAUUUGUCUGUUAUGAAGCCUAUAAAGGGAUGAACAAAUUCAUCAAAUUGAUUAACUGACCGAAAUUGAAGCGUAACCAAACUCAACCAAAACCAACCAAAUCAUAAGCGGCUCCGUUUAAGAUUUUUUCUUGUAAAACUUAUACAGCUAUCCAAAACAAACCUAAACCGACUUAAGUUACUUGGUUUGGUUCUCGGUUUUGCAUUUUCAUAAUCAAACUAACAAAAUGCCGAACUGAUUAAGCCGUUAUAUUGGCACGCCUGAUGCUAGGGCCAUGUGGGAGGAAAAGGAAUUCUUAUUUAAUUGUCUAGGUUGUCACACUAGCAACAUUAAAAUUCCAAAAAUAGAUUUCCUCCCCCCCAUUUACAUUUUUGAGGAUGGGAUUAUACUUUAAUGAUUAUAAUGCUUGCAGUACAAUUGAUUUUUCCGAACCCGGAAACAAAUGGGACUUUGGAAAAGCGUUUACCCACAGAUCAUAUUCUGAAAUCCACCGUUUCAGACCUCAUCACGAAGCAACACUGGUCCAAACUCAGAAACCUUAUUAAUCACGCUGACCCAACAGGCUUCAUUCUACAUUUAUUCCAACCCGGGUUCAGUUCUGAUGCCAUUUUCUCCUUCUUCAAAUGGUCCCAGACAGCUUAUAAAGUUUCUUACCCUCCUCAACUUUUAUGCAAACUACUAGUCUUGGCUGCAAAAGAAAAGAGAUAUUCAAUGGUGAGAUCUUUGCUACACUCCUUCGUUAAAGGUGGGAAAAUCCACUCAGUUUCGUCUUUUUUUCAUGAAUUGUUGACCUGUAGUGAUGAAUUCCAUCUCAACUCUAUCAUUGUUGAUAUGUUGAUAUUGGCUCUUGUCAAUAAUUCGAAAGCUGAUUUUGCUUUAGAGACGUUUAAGCGUGCUGGAGAUUAUGGUUUUACGAUGUCUGUUCAUUCAUGUAAUCCAUUUUUGCUUAUGUUGGUAAAGAAGAAGACUGGGGAAAUUGAAUUCUUGUACAAGGAUAUGCUUAGGAGGAGGAUUGCACUUAACUUGUUCACAUUUAAUGAGGUGGUUAACGGGCUGUGUAAGGAAGGGAAGUUGAAUAAGGCUAAAGAUGUUAUGGAAGACAUGAAGAUUAGGGGAGUUAUGCCGAAUGUGGUUACUUAUAAUACAUUAAUUGAUGGGUAUUGUAAAAAUGGAGGAUCAUCGAAGAUGUACAAAGCGGAUGAAGUUCUUAAAGAAAUGGUGGGUAAAGGGAUUCAACCAAGUCAGAUAACCUAUAACACUCUCAUUGAUGGAUUUUGUAAGGAUAAUAAUAUUAAGGCAGCUUUAAAGAUUUUUUCAGAGAUGAAGGAGCAUCAGACAAAGCCAAACAUUGUGACAUAUAACUCAUUGAUUAAUGGGCUUUGUGGGGAUGGAAGAAUUAGGGAUGCUUUGGACUUGCAGACUGAAAUGGUGAGUCUAGGGUUGCAGCCUAAUAUUGUUACUCAUAAUGCCCUUAUUAAUGGAUUUUCCAAAAACAAGAUGUUAGUGGAGGCUAGGGAGUUGUUUGAUCAAAUAAUGAAGAAGGGAGUCGUAGUUCCAAGUGUGCUGACUUUUAACUCUAUGAUGGAUGGUUAUUGUAAGGCAGGGAAGAUGGAGGAAGCAAUGCCUCUCUUUGACUUGAUGUUGACCAAAAGAAUUCAACCUAACGUUUCAACUUAUAAUUGCUUAAUUGGGGGAUAUUAUCGGGUAGGUAAUCUUGAAAAAGCUAAAACGAUGCUGGAUGAGAUGGCCCACAAGGGAUUGAAGGCUGAUAUUGUCACCUACAAUAUACAGAUUGAUGCAAUGUGCAAGAUGGGUGAAUCUAGAAAGGCUGCUCGCCUGCUGGAUGAGAUAUAUGAGGAUGGCCUAAUUCCAAACCACAUAACGUACAAUAAAGUGAUGGCUGGCUAUUGCCAAGAAGGAAAUCCGAAGGCAGCUGUUUCUAUUAGGAGAAGAAUGGAAAGGGAAGGGAAGAAACCUAAUGUCGCAAGUUUCAAUGUACUGAUGAAAGGGUUUUGUUCCAAAGGUAAGCUGGAAGAGGCAAAUUCACUUUUGAACGAGAUGCUAGAGAAAGGGUUGGCACCUAAUCGAACAACCUAUGAUAUAAUCAAUGGAGAAAUGAUUGAAAAGGGAUUUGUUCCUGAUAUAGAUGUACGUCUCUACAAUGAUGGAGGAGACUAGAACUUUCAGAUUGAUUGAUAUGGAGUUUGUUUUCUGCCCAAAGUGCAAAGAUACCUGGUAGGAUCUUUCAGUGAGUGGAAAGAUGUAUGAGGGCCUAAUUCCAAACCACAUUACGUACAAUAAAGUGAUGGCUGGCUAUUCCAAGAAGGAAAUCCGAAGGCAGCUGUUUCUAUUAGGAGAAGAAUGGAAAGGGAAGGAAGAAACCAAGUGUCGCAAGUUUCAAUAUACUGAUGAAAGGGUUUUGCUCCAAAGGUAAGCUGGAAGAGGCAAAUUCACUUUUGAACGAGAUGCUAGAGAAGGGUUUGGCACCUGAUCGAACAACCUAUGAUAUAAUCAAUGGAGAAAUGAUUGAAAAGGGAUUUGUUCCUGUAGAUAGAUGUACGUCUAUACAAUGAUGGAGGAGACUAUAACUUUCAGCGUGGGUGAUAUGAAGUUUGUUUUCUGCCCAAAGUGCGAAGAUACCUGGUAGGAUAUUUCAGUGAGUUGCACAAAUGGUGAUGGUGUAGCCUUUGCUGUUGCUACUUGCUUUAUGGUCUAGUGCCCAAGUAUCAUGCAUGUAUGUAUGUAAACACACUGUAUAGUUGUAUAUAUCUAUAUAUAAUAAAAGUUAAGUUUCAUAUAAGAGUAAUUCUAGCAUUGAUAACUGAAAUAUGACGGUAAACACAGAUCAAUGGUUCGAAUUCUUCAUGACCGAAGCUGUCUGUAAGGACGGACCCAACUGUCCCAACCAUUUCCCUACACAAUAUGGAUGCGGCCGUUGAUCAUAGGAACUUAGGCUUAGAUUUAUUUGUUGUUGGUGAAAUCUGAUGUAACUCUUUACAGUUUUAAUUCCUAUUAUUUAAUGCCU